AUGGCCUCCAAAGGUUAUGGGACGACGAUUACCAACGACACUCUCCGCCUCGUCGCGCGCUAUGCCCCUCCGCGAUUCACUCGCAACUUCCUGCUGCAACUGAAAAAGACCGUUGAUGACCACCAGCAUGGUCCUCACACAGCAGUUCGAAAAAUUCGAGACUGGUACGGCUGUAGCAUCAAGGAGCUGCUCUAUAACGACUUUUCCGACGUCGCACUGGAGGUCGUCCAAGACGCCAUAGAGCACGCCGUUUACCCACGCCGCGAGGUCUGGCGCUUCUUGCUCAACGAUUUCAGAAGUGGUGGAGAUGUCGCAGCCGCUUCGAUGGUGCAGAAAUUGCGAAAUCAAGCGCGUUCCAGAGUGGUUGCUCGUACAGGGGUCCCGCCAUCCCCAAGGGAGUUCACAGAGGUUGCCUCCGAGGACAUAUCGGAUGCGCGGUCUUUACGGAUCAAUGUCACCGAGGACGACGACCUGGACGCCUGGAGAGCUACUAUCAGCAAGUUGAAGUCCGCCUUCCGCUCAGGCACUCCGGUACACGCUGGAUGUCUCGCCUAUCUGAUCCAACUGCUCCUGUUCCACGGCCGCGCUUCACUUGUAUGUCGCCUUCGUGCGCUUGCAUUCUCCUCCGGCGGUCCCAGCACCGUCAAUUGGGCUACCGCCGAGAUGAUCUACAGAUCUCAAGAACAGAACGACUACAUAUCUUCGCUGGCUCUCUUCAAACAUCAUUUCUACAUGGUCGGCACCCCUCCAGAAAUGUACACUCCUGCGACAGAUACAACAAAUGCGACACAGAUGCUACCUUCGCUCUCCCAAGAGCGCGGUGUUUCCUCACUGCCUCUUCCCUCUCCCCUCCGCCACAGGUACUCAGCGCCCCGGCAUGUACUAUAUCUUCUCUGGUAUACCGCUGUUCAAAACGCGCAACAAUCCUCUCUCGGGCCCUUGUACCGCUCGUUCAUCGAAUCAUUCGCUGCCUCUCGUGGGAUCCCUACGUCUAUCUACCCCCAGCUCCAUUUUUCCAGCCCACAUUCGAGUACCGCGAGCCCUAGUUACGCACAACCCAUCCCUGCGGCAUCUUCAUUCGACCACCGGUUCUUCGGCCUUUUUAUGAAGGCCUUCGCUGGAUUCGGAGAGCAUCACUCUUCCAGGGGCGUUUUCCUCGACAUGUUGCGCUCAGGACUCUCGCCCACCGCUGAGAUAGAGCAUGUCUUCGCGAUCAGGAUGGCACUAGCUCCCGGCAACGGAUUUGAGCCCGCCAUGGACUACCUCAAGCUCACCCGCGAUCUCGUGGACAAAUUCCUCACGAUGUUGGACGAGCGUUCGCCGGCGCACGGAAAUGCCGACAAUCUCCGCGAUGUCGCCAACGGCUUCUUCCUCGGUGUCUUGAUCAGGCGUCUUUUGACAGACAAACGCACCGGCGACGCUUGGCACGUUCUUGUUCGCUAUGGGGACGUGAACCAACAUUUUGGACGGAGGAUCGCGCAGCAAAUCGCGCAACAGGCUCAGCACAUGGCCGCUUGGGUGGGCGCUCAUAAAGGGAGCCGCGACACAGUUUCUUCGGGGGAUUGA